AUGCUUUUAGAUACACCAGUUGUUUAUCAAGAUGCCCUCAUCGAAGGUGAGUUCACACGCCUUAUCUGCAGUCCCGUCCGCGAUUCAACCCCAGAUUUCUUCACUUGUGCGACGUUACGGUGCGACGGUGACGCAUGGUUCUACAUGCCCGCCAAGAAUAGAACGUUCAAUGGCUGCUGGACGUGUCGGGAGCGCAAAGUCAAGUGUGACUUGAGAAGACCGGGAUGCUUGCGGUGCAAAAACUCGAAUCUAGAGUGUAAAGGCUAUGAUGUGAAGCUUCGAUGGCUGGUCCAGAUGGGGCUCCAGGGGACUAGAAUGGUAGCCUUGGAUAGCGGAGAUGACGGCGAUGACCCUGGGUCGCAAAGAAGCAGUGUGGAUUUUGUCAAGUACCCUAAAAACAUGGUUUACCUCACUUUUUCACGGUUGAAUCACGAGUUGAAAGCGCUCGAAACAAGUGUGGAAACCGGGGCAAAAGAUGUUGAAAGAGGUCCGUUCGGCGCCUACAACUGGCCCGUUAGCUCGCGGGUGGCUGUGGCAGAAACUGAUGGAGUAGACAUGACUCAGGACCAAACGUCGUGGAUUCAUCAUGAGCUUGUAAAUUCAGCCCGGCUCUCAAUUAUGGCAAUUAAAGGUCCCGAUUACCUUAUUCGAGACCAGAACAUGCUCCAUAUUUUGUAUCCCAAGUUUUUUCCUAACAUAGACUCGGACGACUGGCUCGUUUCACAAACGUUUCUCAACGAAUUGAUGACGCUGCAAGGUCAGGACUUGAUCGUCAAAUCCACGUUUUGGGACCUCCUCAAGCACUUGGACAGCAAACAGUUUGCAUUUCUAAAGGUCUACUGGCACGACAAUUACUGGUCGCUGGUGAUAAUUCCAUAUAUCAACUGUCUAGUGGGCGAGUACGUUUGCAACUAUAACACUUGGAAUGGCCAGUAUAAUGAGAAUUUCUCACCUGCGCAGCUCAUCAAUAACCUCAAGUUGGCGGCUUUGUACCUAGCUCUAGGCAUGGCUGCAUUUUCAUUGGCUAGACACCAACCCCACUAUCUCGCUGUGUGUCUCAAAAUUCGCAAGGUUUGUAGCACCAUUUUGAACAGUCAUUUGGAUGACUACGACAGCAACAGCGAUCAUUUUUCAUACAACCAAAUCGAAUAUGAAAACUUGAUGCUUCUUUGCAUUCUCUUGCAAGUUCAAUUUGACAGUGUUUUUGGAGUAUUCGAAAAUUAUAACCUAGCUUUUGCUAUUGGAGAUUACAUUGUCGAGAACAAAUUCAAGAACCGAGAACUACCAAACCUUCCCAGCUUCUUGGUACACACAUUUACCAUUGCUAGUGUGUUUUACCUGGCAACUUUAGAGGUUAAUGUGUUCAACUACUCCAUCGAUCCUGCCGAUAUAACCGACAAUUAUCGAGAUUUGGAUGAAAAUUACGACUUAAUAGAGGGCCUGAAAGCAGAGGAAGAGCUGAGUCCCAGUGUUGUAUCAUCACCUGGUGCCGUCAAAUCAAUACCAAGUUUGUCACUGAGCGCCAAAAGGCGCAAAAUAGACCGUCUCAGUUUACCAAAUGCUCUUGAACCACUAGUAACUACAGAGUCCAUAUACUUAAUGUGGGGGUACAAGAAACAAAUGUUGGACCUUUUCCUGAGAAUAAUCCACUUGACGAACCACAAGAGUAUAUUCCGAAGCCGCAAAGUGUUUCCUCGAAAUUUUCCCAAAAUUUGUGCUGAAAUGGAGGACGAAUUAAACACCUUUGACGUAUCCAAAUUUGACCUUGCUAGCCCACCAUUUCGCCUGGUACUUCAUGAAGGGUUGUACCGCAAUGCCAAGUGUCUCUACUUUGCCAUGAGAGUAUACUUUACAAGACUAAUUAAAGAGGCUCCAUUGAAAACUUACCAGCAUAUAAUCCGAUCCUGUCUCGAUGAAUUGGAUCAACUAUUACUUGUCAAUGAUAAACCGGGCAGCGACUAUGGUUUCAAGCCGCCAUUCUUCAUCAUCCUAAUUUGCGGAAGUGAUACCGUCGAUCCGGAAUUGCAAGAAAGAAUAAAAAAAUUAUGGAAUAAUUCCCAUUUUGGAUGGGCAAAUCAUUGGCGAGCUAAGCAGAUUUUGUACGAAGUUUGGAAACGACGAGAAGUGGGCGAAGAUGUCAGUUGGAUGGACUUGGUUCGCGAGUGGGAUCUAGUACUCUACAUGGGUUAA